AGUUGUAAAGAUACAGAGAAACUUUGAAAAAAGCUCUCCCAUCUCCUCCUCUCUCCAGUCCACCCUCUCACUGUUCUGUCCAGUCCCACCCCAAAACUCUCACGACCCCUGAUCGUAUUUUCAUCCCAAAAUCUCUGUAAGUUGUUUGAAAUCGGUACAAAUACGAGUACCCCGGAUCCAAUCUAAUCUGUUUUUACAAGUAUAUGCACUGUUUGAGCAUAUAUUUGUGAUAUAAACUCCAAACUCCAAAGGGAGUGCGGCUGAAAAGUUAGAAUCCGAGGCGAUUAAAUCCAAUACAGGAAGGAGAUUGGAUAGCUUUUGAGGUGUGGCUUUCUAUUGGGGUUUGGCUAUUUUAUUAUAUAGCUGAAAAAGACUCUGGCUUUAGUAGUAUUAUGCAACUUGGUUUGGAUAAAGGGAUCAUCUGGGAGCGUAAGAGAGAGAGAGAGAGAGAGACUGAGGAGUGAGCAACUGUGAGAUAAGAGUGAGGGAGAGAGAGGUGAAAUUUAAAACCCAAAUGCCGCAGGAGGAGUCAAAGAAGAAGGAGCGCCAUAUCGUUACUUGGUCUCAAGAGGAGGAUGACAUACUGAGGAAUCAAAUCAGCCUCCAUGGAACAGAAAAUUGGGCUGUCAUUGCAUCUAAAUUCAAGGAUAAAACAACCAGACAGUGCAGGAGAAGAUGGUACACAUACUUGAAUUCUGACUUCAAGAAGGGAGGAUGGUCACCAGAGGAAGACAUGCUCUUGUGCGAGGCUCAGAAGAUAUUCGGGAACAGAUGGACAGAAAUAGCAAAGGUGGUUUCAGGAAGAACUGACAAUGCCGUGAAAAACCGGUUUUCAACUUUGUGCAAGAAGAGAGCAAAAUAUGAGGCCUUAGCUAAAGAAAAUGCAAAAUCGUACAUUAAUCAAAAUGACAAAAGGGUCAUUAUACGAAAUGGAUUCAAUACGGAUGGAACAACAGAAACAACAGCACCUCCUAAGAAGAUGAGGAGAAGCCACAUCCCUAGUCUCCCCAAAAAUUGCACGUCUGGGGACAGGCUACUUGAGCAGUGUGGAAAGAUAAAUCAGCAGCUAAGACCUCCGUUUACUGUGUUGAUUCAGAAUGCUCACAAUGUAGAGAAUCUGCAAGACCAGCAUAACGGGCAUAGCACCAAGGAAUUCGCCGGGAAUGCAGUACAAAAUAGCAAGUUUCAAGGAUCAUUUCUCAAGAAGGAUGACCCGAAGAUAAUUGCUUUGAUGCAACAAGCGGAGUUGCUCAGCUCGCUGGCAUUAAAAGUUCACUCAGAGAACACAGACCAGAGUCUUGAAAAUGCUUGGAUGGUGCUCCAAGAUUUCUUGAAUCAAAGCAAAGACAGUGACAUCCUCAGUUAUGGAAUUGACGAUUUUGAUUUUCAACUCGAAGAUCUUAAAUAUCUGUUAGAGGACUUAAGGAGUACCACUGUGGGAAGCGGACCAUCUUGGCAGCAGCCAGAUCUAUACAACGACUCUCCAGGAAGUUCCGAAUACAGUACAGGGUCAACUCUUCUGUCCCAAACAGAAUGCUAUCAAGUGGAACAAAAUGAAGUUGAAAUAGGUUCACCGAAUCAGGAGAUUCGACUAGGGUCACACUCAAUUCCUAUUGAAGGGCAAAAUGAUGUUGGUGAUUGUGAGAAAGGGAUUGUUUCCGAAAAGCAAGAGAUAUUUCCAUCAUGUGAUGAAGCAACAAAAGAUUACGCAGUUGUUUCUGUGUCGUCAAAUACAGAGUUCACUUCUCCUAUUAAAGUUACCCCAUUGUUCAGAUCCUUGGCAGCAGGAAUUCCUAGCCCAAAAUUUUCUGAAAGUGAGAGGAAUUUCUUGCUCAAAACGCUUGGAGAGGACUCCCCCUGCCCCAUCCCAAGCACCAAUCCUUCACAACCGCCACCCUGCAAACGAUCCCUCCUCCAAAGUCUAUAGCCAACCUUUUUGAUCCACCACCUCAUAUAUAGAAAUUUUACAUGGCCUAUUGAGUUCGUGUCCGUUUUGGAUUCCUCUUUUCUUAGGAUUGCAGCCAUACCAGCCUAAAAUUUUACAAAUGGGCAGGUAAAGAUCUGCUUCCCAAAACCCAGAUCUAGAAUGCAAUGGUGCAUUUUAGCAUUUGCAAACGUAUCUAACAUAGUUUUCUGCAUUAUUUUGACCUCAGCAGAGUUACCUCCUUCAGAGUUCCUAAUCGGUACUCGCUUUUUGUGUGUUUGGUGUGUCAUUCUUUAGUUUGUCUAUUGUCAUCCGAUAUGUUUUCCGAGUGUUCCAUUUUUUGGCCUUGAUUUUUACAGUUGUACAGAACCUGCUAUAUCCCUAGUCAUUCAAGAGUGUAAGACUACUGUAAGUAUACAUAGGCAGCUUGCCUAUAUUUUCUGCUAGCGUACAUGAUCAAAACAAAACAGAGAGAAAGAGAAGAGGAAACAAGAAAAAAAAUGAGAGAGGAUUAACCAGUUCAAGUGGAUUCCUGUUUAUCGUUUUUCCGGCGUGGAAAACGGGUACAUAAUAAGUUGAUAUUUUUUCCUUCUUUGGUUUGAUUUCCCCCCAUGAUUUCUGAUGUAACAAAACUUAAUGUAAUUGGAGUGAAAAUGGUUUUGGUUUUGGUGUGCA